AUGCGGCGUUCCAUCAAAUCCCCCGAUCAAUCAAUAACAACUAAAAUGAUGAGGGAUAAAACGCCGCCGCCGCCGCCGCCGGCGGGGCCGGGAUCGGGGUUCGACCUGCAGGUCAUGGAUGUUACGUUUACAAACGUAUUGGAGGGGGCACGACAGUAUUUCCAGGGGCUGCCGGCGGGUUCAAAUUCGACGGUAGGCCCCAACUACUCGUCCGAAUCGCACCUUCGCAAUGACUAUGAUCCGGGCGUGCCCCCGUCUUCCACGGCUUAUUGGGCAUCGCAUGCCGCCGAACCGGCCAGAUCUCAAUCCAGAGAUAAUAACAUUCCUGUGCAAAGGGAACACAUUUCUGUUCAUAGAGGAGAACAUGUGCCGAUGCACAAAGAUCACUCGUCGGUAUCGCAAGAAUCCGAUUCUUCGUCCAGACCUCAAGCACAUUUACCUCGCAAUAUGGAGCAAAAUAGGGGGUAUUAUCCAGGUUCUUAUACAGAACAAUACCAAAUGCACCAACAGCAACAAGCGAAAAUUCAACAACAGCAACAUCAACAAGUACAACAUCAAAAUCAAAUGCAGCAGCAAUUUCAAAAUCAACCACAACCACCACCACAACAACAACAACAACAACAGCAGCAGCAACAUCCGCACUAUCAACAAACCGAGCAAUACCAACAAUCCCGGCAAUCUUUCGAAUUCUCCAGGCCUCACAUACGGGAUUCCCCUAAUUACUCGCAGUACCCGUCGCAAAUGCCAGCCGGCUCGCCUUACCACCAAUCCGCUUCACCUUACCACCAAGUUCCGUCUCCCCAGCAACCCAGGGCGCCUUCCAGAGAACAAAUGGUUCCUAGAGUACCAUCGAGAGAGCAAGCCACGCCGCGUGCACCGUCCCACGAACAACUAGUCCCCAGAACAUGCGCCUACUCUCACGCGGACUCGUACAACUACUCUCAAACGCAGAGUUACUACCAGCAAGCGCAACCGAAAGUCGCCGCCGGUACUUACAAGCCCGCCGCUUCGACGCAACCUCAACAGUACCCGCCGUCGUCGAACCAACAACAGCAGAGCGUGUACUACAAGCACAUCUACUCGUCGCAGCAGAACCACCAGUCGGUGUUCGCGGCGUCGCGACAAGAAGACCGGAAUUCUCAACAGGCGCCGGCGCCGGUGAGGACCAGUAGCUCCGAGCAAGCGCUGAGAACCACUCACAAUCUACCGCCGAUCGCGAGCCUAUCGAAUUACCAUUCCAGUCGCGCCAGCCGGGAAUCUUCCAACAGACCAGCCAAUCCGGCGGCGAGGAGUUUCAGCACGCACACCAGCACCAGCAACUCGAUCAUACAGCCCAAUCCGGCGGCGUCGGCGUCGAAUUACAAUCAAAACUACGGCAGAAUGAACGUCGCGACGACCACGACGCCGUCUUACACGCCCGUUAUAGUCACCACUUCCAACACGCCGACGAGCUACUACCCGUCGAAUCACAAUCAAAGCCAGUCUUCCAAUCAGUAUUCGAGGAACCAGCCCGGCGAGAGUCGGGUCAUCGUGAAGCGCGAAUCCCCGUUGGAUCUAUCGGUGAAGACGGUGAGAACUCCGGCCGAUUCGACUUUAGGCGAAGAGGAAUCCAGGAACAAGUUCGCGCAAAAUCAAAGGCUAACGGCUCACAAUUACCCGCAGCUGGACGUGACGUUCCAGCGGAACGUCAUCCAGCGACCGAUGCCGCCGGCCGCGACCGCCCCCAAGUUCGAAUUUCGGCCUAACUUCAGCUCGCCGACGUUCAAGCCGGUCAAGCAGGAGCCGCCGCGCGCGCCCGAGAAGGCCCACUCCAAGAACAAACUGGCGCCCGACGGCAAAAGCGCCGCUUACAGGUACCCGACGGCUUCGGUGCCGACGGCGGCGCACGUGAAUUCCUACAUCCGGGCGGCCCCGAAGCCCGGCCUUCCGGCCGGCCACAGAGCGGAGGCGCUGAAGAGGCGGCCCGGCGAGCCGGAGACGCCGAACGUUCCGAAUAAAGUUCCUAAGGUCGCGGAUUCGUGGAGGCAAACCAUCGAUCUGCAGAUCGAAGAGAGGCUGUCGAAUUACAAGCAACAACAAGCGAAACUCGUCUCGCCCACCAAGGUUCCUUUGGUCAACGGUAACUACCAGGAGAAAUCGAAGAGCAUGUACGCGGGUUACGAGAAAAUCAACUACGAACAACAUUCCACUUACAACCAAUCGAUUUAUAACGCGAGCCACGUACAAACUUACGUACCUUCGCCCGGUACCCAUCAGUACCCGGGCUACCCUGCGCACACUUCGAAUUCGUACCCUACGCCUACAUCCAGGUCGAAUAGUACUAAUUCACUAGCCAAUUCGAAUUCGAAUACCAACGCGAAUUCGAAAAAUCCCAUGGGAGGAGCCGUCGACAAGCGAGUAUUGAAUUUAUUGCGGAACAGCUUAGAGGUAAACAGACAGAAAAAACUGGGGCAGAUGAAAUCGAACGAGAGCGUCAUCCCGCUCAGAUCGGACGUCCAGCAUCCGUCUACCGACGUCACGGCGCCCCUCCAACCCAAGCCGGCGUUCGUCAGCAGGAACAACGUGUCGCCGUUCACGCCCGACAACAACGCCGGCAUCUACAAAUUCCACAUCCCGAAGGCGAUCGACUCGAUCAAUUUCGACACUACGAAAACGGGCAAACAGACGCCGGAGACCGUCAUAGCCAAUCACAACAGCAUGAACGCGGAAUGCGACGGACUGGCGGCCUUCCUGGCGGCCCGGAUUCGCACGAAGGGCGAGCUCAAGCAGGGCGGCCAGCCGACCAACAAGAGCCAGCUGCACGACAUCAUCGAAAACCAAUUGAAGUCGCCCGUCAAGCAGGAGAAGGACGUGCCGAGCCUCAGCUCCAGCCCGCCCAAACUGCAGAAGGAACGGCCCGCCUCGGCGUUCGCUCCGAGGAAGCGGUUGUUCAGCCGGAACGACGAGGACUCCACCAACUCCCAGCCGCCUCCGAGAGAGGCGGGUUUGCGCAGCUCGUCGGAGACGUCGGUGUUCGAUUUUCCCGACUCCGAUUCGGAGAACGACGGCAACAGGGAGUCUUUGGACGCGUUGAGAAAGGGCAGGAAGACCACCAAGCCUCUGCUGACGGACGUUAAAGUGGAACCAGCGCCCGGCGACGAUAUGUUCUCGCAGCUCUGCGAUAAUUUCCUCGAGCAGCUGAAGAGCGGCGUUCACAAAAGGAAGUCGAGAAAGAAGAAGGACGUUUCGUUGUUAGUGGAGCCACUCGGGAAUUCGGAGGUUACGGUGAAGGUGGAGAAGAUCGAAUCGACCGAAGAUGAGAAAGAAUCGCCUGUGGAAAUCGAUUUGACUAAAGUCAAAAGCGAGCCGGUCUCGAACGAUCUGGAUACUAAAGACGAGGACAUAUUUUUCGCUAAAAGGCGCCACGCCAGGCGAAGGAUCUUAUCUUCCAGUGAUAGCAGCGACAACGAGACGGCGAAAGACAAUGAAGAAGUCGGCGAUAAUAAAGAAAACAACGCCGAAACGACUCCUCGCGUCGAAGUGGAAAUAAAAAAAGAACUCCUAACUGAACCUAAACAAAGCGAAACCAAAGCAACCGAAGCAGAAGAAGACGAAGAAGACGCUAAAAACAACGUCGACGGUGUACCGAUCAGCCGACCUUUCAAGAAACCCUCGUUCGGAGACGGCUCGGAUUUCUUCCCCGGCUGGGAGGAGGAAGUCUACAAGUACAAGAAAUCCUUACGGAUGCCUCCUACUCUGAUUCCAGUCACCAGGCCGCCGGCCUUCCAUCGUCUAUCCACUUCCUUGCCGGAUUUGGAUCCCUGUCCUCGCUCGCCUACAGCUUCUCUACCGGCCGACGACAAGGAGCUCAAGCUGAUGAAAGCCAGCAAAAUCAAAACCGAGUACCCGGACAGCGACACCGAAUCGAACUCCAGCUUCAACAUCUUCGGCAAGAAGACCAACUACGACUCCGAAGGCAGCUCUUCGAUCAAAAGCUCCAGAGAAACGUCCAUUUUGGACAGGUUGCUGGAGAAAUGCGGCGGUCGCAAGCGGAAGAAGUUCAAACGCAAGGACGACCACAGUCCGAAGGUUAUCCCCAAAGCGGACAAUCCCGUCGAAUUGCUCGCCACUCCUAGUUUGGAAAUCAAAGAAGAGGAUAACAAAAACACGAAGAAACUUUCCAAUUCUCCGGUAAUCAAAGCCGAAUCGCCACUUCUGGGCUUCCGGAAAUCGACGAUCAGCAACUUCAAAGACGCCUUCAUCAAGAGAUCCAGCAGCAUUCUGAACAAUCAAUUCACCACGGUUGUUUUGAACUCGCGCACGCGCAGAGAGACCAGAGUGCAGAAACAACGGGCCACGAUCAAAGAGGUAUUCGGCGAAGACCGCCCGGCCUCCGCUCCUCCGGUAACCUGCCUCAACGACAUCCAACUCAAAGUAGAAGAGGACGAUGAAGCAGAAGCAGAAGAACCCGGUAAUCGCCUAGGUAACUUAGUGGUGCGAUUAGACAAAGAAGAAGGCAUUCUGGAUAGGAUAAGCGACAUUAAAAGAGAAAGAGAAGCCGACAGGCAAAGCGACGACUACAAAACCAAGAAGAAAGACAAAGACGACAAUUUACUGAAGACUAUAAUGGAGAAAAAGAUUAAGACUGAAGCCGACGGGGAUGAUUCGAUCAUCGAAGACGACACGCGCAGCUUGGACAACAUGACCGUGAAAUCGGAGACGCCUUCGAUCGACGGCGACGACGGCAGCCUGUCGGGCAGGAAGCGCGGCAAGUUCGGCAAGGUCAGGCGCAAGCUCAGCUCCGGCUUCGACUACAUCAGGAAGAAGAAGAAGAUCAAAAAGGAGCCGAACGAGAGCGAGGCGGGCGACAAGAAGAAGCGCAAGAACGCGCUGUCCAAGACGCUCGAGUCCGUCGAUGACGUUCAGAAGGAGAUCAAAACUUGGGUGCUGAACAAAGGUAUCGGGGAAACCCACCUGCACCGAGCCGCCAGAUUGGGGUACACGGACGUUACCGCCUAUUGUCUGGAAAAAAUGGAAUGCCAUCCUUCGCCUAAGGACAACGCCGGCUACACACCUUUGCAUUGGGCGUGUUCGAAAGGCCACCUCGAAAUAGCUAAAUUGCUCCUUCUUUAUGGCGCUAAUCCGAGCGAAAGCGCCCAAGGGGGCAUCAGACCUUUACACGAAGCCGUCGAGAACGGUUUCGUGGAAAUCGCCCGGCUGUUGCUCUCCUACGGGGCCGAUCCCAAUUUGGCCACCUACUCGGGCCUCACGCCGCUGGCCCUCACCAACGACGAGUGCACCAAGGAAUUCCUCAGGAACCACCUGAACGACAUCGAAGGCGAACCCGCCGAUCACUGGAUCUCCCACGGACCUUCUUCGACGUUCGAUCCAUUGGAUCAAAUCGGUUUCAACGUGCUGGAGGGCGUGCCGGAGCCGGAUCCGGAGCCGGACAACGAAGACAUCGACAUAGAAACCUCGGACUGCCUGCUGCCUAAUCUCUACACGCUGAGCAACGAAUCGUCGGCGGACAAAUGGGUGCUGUUGCAGGACCUCUCCAAUCUGCUGAAGAUCAAGUCGCGCGACGCGCUGCUGAAGCAGAUCUGCGCGCCGGCGACGAGCGGCGCGUGCGCGACCGCCAAGCCGGUGCUCAAGGAGCUGAAAAUGUCGGAGUUCCUGGAGCAGGCGCGUUGUUGUCAGUUCCUGAACGCCGGCGAGAAGAUCAACACGCGCGCGUCGAAGAUCGCGCUGGUGAAGUAUACGGACAAAGUGAAGGAACUGCUUAACGUCGAAAGUGUUUUGAUAACGGCCAGGUGACCCGAGGCCAGCGAAAAUGCCGCGUAAAACGGUCCCUAAAUUCGUACAAGAGUCGGCGGUAUUCGAUUUAAUCGAUUUGUAAUAAUUGAAUCGAUUGGCGAUUUAUUGAACUGGUUGUGAUGUUAGUUUAAAAUUCUCAUUUUGUGCUAUUCAAUUAAAUCGACUACGCAAUAAUGAACUCUUGGUUUAUUUGAUUAUAGUGAAUCAUGUUGGCGUAUCUAGAACGUUUUGAAUAGGGUGUCCCAAAAAGUAACAGACAUUUUAAAUCUACAUUUUAAAUCUUCUGACACAGCACAUUGUAAUUAGCAUUAUUGCGGAGAAUUUAAUCAUUUUAGAAACUUACUUGACUUGGUUUUAUUGGUACUGAUUCUAUCUUUAAGAUAACCCUAUAGAAAAAAUCUAACGGUGUCAAAUCACACUACCUCUAUCAUAGAUAACCCGAUAUUCCUCAGAGAAAUUUCCCAGUUUCUACCUCUUAUUCUAUACUUUUCCUGUACGUUUGCUUAUAAUUAUUUACUCUAAUUUUGUCACGAAAAAAUUGUUUCGACAAAUUUAAAAGCCAGUUACUUUUGGGACACCCUGUAUUUCGAACGUAGUAUAGCGGUGUAUAAAAAAAUCUACUUGAGUUUGAAUUCGCGAUGGGCGCUUUUCAUUUUCCAUUUGCACGAUUAUUUUUCUUCCAACGCCCUGUAGUACGUUCGAUAUGAUAAUGUUUCGAUUGUGAUACGCCGAUGGAUAAAAUCGUGAUAUUAUUUUCUAAAUGUGAUUUAAUUUUGCAAUGUUGUUAACAAAUCGUUCGCUGGAUUUUUUAUAAGUUUAAUGUUUAUUUUUCGGUUUCUCUCCUUGUGGUGGUUUCCCUUCGCCUAUUAUUGUCUAAAUUUAUUUACAAACUUCCGUAAAUACCUCUUAAUUGUAAACGAUUUUCGUUACGAAUAUCUCGCAGAAAUCGCCACAUUAAAUUGUUUUUGAUUUAUUUUGAAGAUGUUUAUUUAUUGUUUAAGUUUAAUUGCGUUACCAACUCAAUUUAGGCUUUAAAAAUAAACGAAAAGUUAGGGAUUAGGUAAAUAGAAUUUAAUGUUGUGAAAGUGCAAUUUUUUUUGUGACUGUAAAUUGAAGGAUAGUGGUCCACGAUUGUUUCUAAAAGAAUUUCGAAGGAAUUAAGCAUAUCUGAAUUUUCAAUAGAAUAAUUUAGCUGAAAUUUAUUCCUUUUCGGUACCAUACAAACGUACACAUUUUGUUAAUAGUUUGAAUAAAAAAAUAUUUGUUAUCCCACAGUUAAUUAAAUUACAGGCAAUUUGGUAAACCAGAAUUUUCAGUAUUUUAAUUUAUAAAUGAACAGAUACUUAUUCUGGAUUCAUAACGUAAGAUAAUGUUAUCAAUUCGCUCAGGGACCGUACUCGUUUUUUGAGUAAAGUACUUUAAAAAAAUAAGGUAGUUAGAUAACAGAAUGUAUGUUUGUAUAAAUGUAAUAAAUUCUCCGAGUAUCGAUUUAAGACGAAUUUGCUGUAUAUACAUAUACAUAAUGUAUUUUUUAAGGCUGAAACAGCUUGUUUUCUAUAUAAAAUAAGGUCUAAAUGUUAAAAUCAAAGUGGAUUUAGCAAAAUGGCGCCGUUUUAAUAAUAAAAUAGGUACAAAUAUGUCUAAAAGGCGGCGUACAUUUUGCUUCAUUGUAGUUUGUUCUGUAAAUAAAUCGCUUUGUAAAUGUGUUUCUGAUAAUUAUCAAAGUGGAAAGAUUUCUUUUUGCUUAUUACAAUGUCUGGGUAGUUGUACAGUCUAAAAAAAGAGUUAUCUGUGAUGCGCAAUUGGAGGCAAAGUGCAAUGCUUUUUUGAAAAAAAAAAUCAAAAAAACCUAAAAAACGAUAUUGUGAUUUUGCCAACUUGUCCUAUUUGUGUGAAUUAGGAGAUAUUUUUUAAUUUAUGGAUCUUUUUCACAUUUUUAAUGUUUUUGUUCUAUAAAAUUUGUGAAAUACUAAUAAAUAUAUCUAAA